AGCUAUUCAUUGCGAAGCAAGCAUCGUGGCUGGUUGAUUGUGAAGAUAAAGAAAUCCCAGUUUGGGAGCAGUACAGAGAGUGAGUGAGGAGAGAGGAAAAGUGCAAAAAGUGCAAGUGAAUAAAUACGCCAAGCUUUAUUCAAUUGAAACGCAGUGGAAUAUUCCACUUCAAAAGUGGGCUGUGUGUGUUCUCCCUCCCGGACAAAUCUUGCAUUGGUCCCGGAAACCCAUCCGUCUGUGCAUUGACUGUGACAAGAUAAGGAAGGAAUGCCAAAGAACUGUAGCAAAGAUUGUCUAGGUCUUCGAUACCGCAUUAACGGACUCCACCAGGGAUUCAAGUGGCUCCAUCAGACCAUUGAACUUCACGAAUAUCUCAUCUCCAUGACAUCCGACUACACGGAUAACUCAGAGUGUGCUUUCAUUGGGAAACAAUAGAUUAUACUGCCCAAAAAGCCAAAGAUUCCUCUUCAAAACCUGGUCAGGAGAGAACCCAAUCUGAGGAAAAUAUCAAUUUUCUCACGCGGUAUCGAACAAAUGGACAAAAAUCAAAUCAGCAAAUACUAGAAAUAAACACUAGUGCAAAGUUUAUGAGAACCUAAAGUGCCUAAGAGUGAGGAAUUGUGCAGAAAAAGCCCUGAAACAAAUCAUCCCCUUUUUUGAACAUAACCCCCAAAUUUUAUUAAAAAAAAAAGUUUGACGUGCGAUUUUUCUAAAUUUCCGGCUCUAAUUGUGUGUGAAAGUGCUCUAGAAGUAUCAAUAAAAUACCUAAAAGUCCCCUUUGAGUGGAAAAGUAACUCCCGGACGGGAAAAAGAGUGAUAUUUCAGAGUUUUUUCCCAUAAAGAAAAGUUUUUAAUAUAAAAAAUGGCUGCUGCUCUUGUGAGAAUUCGGGCAAUAGGCUUCAGAGCCACAGCCCUUGUGCCCCAUCGUGGGUUUGCGUCUGCACUUGAGGGUGGCAAGGAUGGACGUGUCGAGGGAGAAAUUAAGAAAUCCGUCUUCAUCUCCCAAUCCUACGAUAUCUUCACCAAUUUGGCCCUCGAGGAUUGGAUUUAUCGCAAUUUCGACUUCAAGAACCACCAUGUGCUCAUGCUGUGGAGCAAUAAUCCUUGUGUGGUGAUUGGACGACACCAGAAUCCCUGGGUAGAAUCCAAUAUAUCCGCCCUGGAGCGAAAUGGGGUGGUUCUGGCGAGACGAAAUAGCGGCGGUGGGACUGUCUAUCACGAUAGGGGCAAUCUCAAUUGCACCUUCUUCACGCCACGUGAACGGUACAAUCGCAAGUACAAUCUAAACCUCAUCACCAGGGCACUAUUCCGUGAGUGGAGCAUUAAGGCAGACAUCUCCGAUCGCGAUGAUAUCCUUUUCCGCGGCAAGAAGAUUUCAGGAACUGCUGCAAAGUUGGGCCAACCCAAUGCCUAUCAUCACUGCACCCUUCUCGUCAACACCAACAAGGAUCAGCUGACACAGGCUCUUGUUAUGGAAAAGGGCGACAUUCAGAGUCGAGCAACAAAAUCAGUUCCAGCUCAAGUGAAAAAUUUAACAGAUGCCAACAAACAAGUCAAUGUGCCUCAAUUACUCUCAGCCAUUGGGUAUGAGUUUCUGCGCACAAAUGCCACAGAGUUAAUUGAUGGUGGAAGGGAAUUGGUGAUGAAACAGCGAGGAUUUCAGCUGAUAAAUCCCACUGAGAAGUGGUUUCCGGGCAUCACGGCACUCAGGGACAACUUUGAGGCCUGGGACUGGCGUUUUGGGCGCACUCCCAAGUUUUCGGUGGAAAAGAGUAUUGAACUGAAGUCUGAGGAGAAGAUUCACAGUGUGAAGCUGCAUGUGGAUGUUGAGGGGGGAAUUAUGACGGAGAUUGCACUGAUUCUGUCACCGGGAGGUGAGAGAAUUCCGGUGGUGUCCAGUCUCAAGGGACGAGAGUACAGCGAUGACAAUCUGAAUGGAAUUAUUGCGGCUCUGAAGGGAGUGAGUGCGGAAAAUGUAAAACUAGCGAUGAAUAACUUAUGAAGUCUGACGAUUGAUCACCUCGGAGACAACUAAAGUAUUUUCCACACACUUUUGUAAGCAAACGAUCGACAAAGGUAGAAAGAGGCCUUGAAUCACGCGAAAGACUGAGAAAAAAUUAAAAAAAAAGAAAACCUACAACUGAAAGAGAGUUGGAAUACAAACUCUAGGUAGAAUAAUAUCCUUUUUGUUUAUUAUUAGUUUAUAGAUGAAAAAAAAAAUAUUUUUUACACAAAAAAAUCGCGUUUAGUAAGGAGAAUAUUUUUGGCUUAUUUACAAUUUAUUUCUUUUCCCUUGGGAUUGUUUUUUUUAAUAAGAUAUAAUUUAGUUUUUAGGUAUUAAUGCAUGGAGAAAAAAAUGUAUUUUUUUUUCUUUUCAAUUCAAGAAUAUAAUCAUAUCAUUUGCAUCUUUGUGCCUCUAUUGAAUAGUUUCUUUUCUUAAUAGCUAAUUAACUGAUAUUUUUGCCACGAGCGUGGUUCAAGCGUAAGAGGAAACUCUUUAUUUUUAAUAUUUGCUGAUUGAUUUUUUUUUGCGGAAAAAUUUUUGGAGUGUAUUUUCAAUGUAAUGUUAAUUUAUUAGUGAAUAAAAAUUUUGUCAAAAAGUU